GAGAGACUGAGAGGCUUCAGAGGCGCGGAGGCAGGAAGCAGAGCACCUCCAGCAGCUCCCAUCGCAUGACUGUGGACACUUAGAUCCGAGAAGGUUGAAGGUGUGAAGGCACGCGAUGACUGGUGGGACUGAGACUUUGCAACCGUGGAGAAUACGGGAAGGGGAAUUAGGACUAAAGACGAAAAAGGACCGGAACGAUACGGAAUAGAGGAGACCGAGUGAGCAGCGGAGCGCACAGGUUGUCCCUUGUGAUUCCUGACAGAGUGAGGACAGUUACACUGACUCGGCCAUUGUCUCCUCACUGUUUCUGGACAGAGUGAGGCUCCCUGGGUGCCUCAGCUGUCCAUUGUGACCAUAGAGAAAAAAGAAAGAUCCAGCUUGUCUGCAUAAAGACCUAUUCAGCAUCAUUUCGCUUUGCCAGGCGCAUUUGCAACCUCAAGAACAGCAGUAAAGCCUCAGCACUAUCCCUAGCCCCGAGCCCUCCAUCCUCCGUCCCUCCUACUCUAACCCCCUUAUCCCUAUCCCGCUCCCUCAGCCCCUUCCCUCUCUUCAGCCCCAGCUUCAGCCUCAGCCUUUGCCCCAUUUGGAGUCCCAGAUGACAGCUCAGAAACAUCCGUUACCCUCCUACUCUACACGAGCCUUCUUUCCUCUCCCUCCAGCCCCCGUGGCGCUUGGCACCAAUGCCCAUCACAUAGACAGAUGGAGCCAACCCUGACCCCUCUCCUUGCUCGUGGGGACGCCAAGAGAAUCAACGCCUGACUAGAGGAGAGGGGGAGUUUGCGAGUGUGUGUGGAGAGGGGGGAGACAGGAAGGGGAGGGGAGGAGAGUAUUGCUUUGUCACCACGGUAACACAUCGCCCAGUCUUCCAUGGACUCCCCUUCGGCCCAACCCUUCGGCCUUCGGAUAAAAACGCACACAGCAGGAAAUUCAGCAGCAGGACCAGAAGGACCCCCCCCCCAAUUGUGCCUGACAUAUUUUGCUUUGAUUAUUUGGCAGAGAUAACUUGUUCUAUGUUCAUGUGGAGAGAAGAUGCCAACAUUUGAAAGAAACAGGAAACCACAAGAAGACUAAUGUAAAAACGCUAAAGGAAAGCCCGCUCCUCAGUCUAAAGUGUUGCUUGCAUAUUUCUGAACACCGCACAAGUUUCAUUGAGCCCCACACUUCCUUUCCCCUCUGGCCUCUGUGAUCUAAACAAAUUACAGUAAGAAAAUCUGCAGUCGCUUGGCAAAAAUAUUGCCAUUUUUACUGGCAAACCAACACAUGGGAGGGAUUUUUUUUUUACAGUAAGAAAGACACUUUAUAAAUUUUGCCUCCCACACUUGAAUAAAGCUGGAGAAGUUUUUCCCUGACAGCAAAAACAAAAUACUGGUGGGCCAGAGCUUCCUUCAGUGUGCAUGUACGCAUGUCUUUAUCUAAGCAGUAGCAUCAUGCAUUACACCUUCUUUAAAUGGACCAACAUUGACUUCAUGUCAAGGCAUUUGCAGUUUAAUUCUCAUGACUAAACAUUCCACCUGAGUCCCUGCAAUUUUUUACAAGAAGCAAGAUUUUGGCUUUUCCUCUGUUGCUGGAUUUUGUUGCCGUUUUCUAACAUCCUCUGCUGACCGGCAUUCUGAUUAGCAUAUAAUGCCAGACUACCAAUUUCAAAAGAACUACGCAUCAACAAUAAAACAAGACACUAAUGGCCGGUGAAAUGAAUUCAGCAGGCUGACAUAACAGAGGGGGGAAUACCUGAGUCCCAGUGCUUCCCAGGCAAAUGCUACACCCUCCAAAACCACACUGGAGAUUCUCGGGAUGUCUGGAUUCUUUGCUUUGGAUGUUGAAGCUGUAAGGAGGGUUCUGAUUUACCGCUGUAUCCAGUUAUUGUGAGCUGUUAGUAUUUCCAUUCAAACAGGACCAAGAGACCUGAACUGAUGUUGUGGAACUUUUGAACAGAGGCCAGGGCAACUAAAACCACAAUACACUGAGCUCAGUCAAGUGUUUUAGUACAUUUGGUGCAUUACUUUCAUAUCUUCUGCAUGUUUGCCACCAACCCAAGCUACCUUUGCAAUUUUUGGGAUAAUAUACAUGAAAUCACGUAAAACUGACACACUCAUGGUGGCUGCUAAGGACUGAAAGGAUUAUCAGGUGGAUUCUGUCUUCUCUGUUGUGGUGGCGACCUUAUUCAACAGGCUGGGAGUGGCAUCAAGAUGCCUGAACUGGAAAACUUUGCCCCCCUGAGGGGUCAGAGAGGCCCUGAGCUGGGCCUAAAUGGUCCAGCAGACCCACUUCGGAUUCAGCACAGCAUCCUGGAGGAGCAGGUGGAGUUGUGGUGGUUCAGAGAUCCUGGGAAGUCUCUGCUUUGCUACUGCGUGGCCGUACUUCUUAUCCUGGGCUGCGGGCUGGGUGGCGUUGGUCUUCUCUCCACCACCACCAGUGUCUCGAGUGAAUGGCGGCUGGGUGCAGGCACAGCCCUCUGCCUGCUGGCUCUAGGGGUCCUGCUCAAACAACUGCUCAGCUCAGCAGUGCAAGACAUGAACUGCGUUCGAAGCCGACAGCGGAUCAACAUGUUAAAAAGCGGUGGCUUAUCGGACCUCCUUGUGGUUUUGAUAACCGGGCUGUCACUGGUGAUUUGCGGAGGAGUACUAUUACGUUUAGCCCUGGCGAACCACAUGCCGAAGCCCGGCCAAGCCCUUAAUGACAUGUACAUCUCUGGAGUGGUUUUGCUAGCUGGAGGCGGCGCUGCAGUGGUGGGCGUUGGGAUAUACUCUGUUGUGGUUGUCCUGCUUGAGAGGACAAGGCACGGAAGAAGGUUUGUGGAUCGGGUUUUGAAUAUCUUCACUGUUUCUGGACAUAUGGACCGUCAGGCUCGCAGAGAAACUACCUCCAGUCUGGCUAACCUCAUAUGAGAUGCAACACUAAGACUUUGUAUUCAUCUUAUUCAGAUUAAGAUUCAUGCUUCAGCUUUGUCAAUCGAUGAUUGGACUGUGUAUGAGGCAAAAUUAGAUGAAUUUGUGAUAUCUGCUAAGUGAAGACAUUCACAAUCAAAUCUCAGAGCACAGAGCAAGGGUGAAUGGAUUUCAGUGACACACUAAAGAAUAAUCAGAUGGCUAUGCUCACAAUGCAGCUGAAAAUGUAUCAAGUCAAAAACAUGUUCUUAAAAUUUAACCAGGUACAUAUUCAGUUGUUGUGGCAAAUACUUCACGAGUGAUUUCUGAAGGCACUGAAUCAGCAUGGUAUUCAUGUUCUGUAAAUCUUAUUGCAUUCACACAAGACAAACGUCAAAGUUUUGGUGCCUGUGGUAGUUUGGCAGAGGCAGGACAUCAACACAAAAGCAUUGUGAAAAACUCGAGUGGUAUUUAUGGAGAUUCAGUAAAGUUAAAAGCACACAUAUUAGCUGGAACACAUCCUAAACUGAUAGGAGAAGUGUUGUUUCACAAACAGAAGUGAAUCAAUGUUUUUGAUGUUAUUGUUAUCAGCUUGGUGCAGCAGUCUGCAAUUGAACAUGAAAGACUGUGGUGUGAGCAUAGCCUACAUUUAAAUAGGUCAUUUGGUUGAUCUAAAGCUCUUCUCCACAAAUGGUGUUUAAAUAAAAAUGUUUAGACUACACAGAUGAAAAGACAGACACCCAUCUUGUAGACGGUGACACAAGGUAGUGGAUAAAGGGAUUCUCUAAAAAUGGGACUGUCGCAUAUUCAAGAUAAUGUAUGUAUAAUAACCAUGCAUUCUGACACUGUGUCCUUGGGCCACACACCUGAACACCACCUGCUCAACUGCUAUUAUGAUGUAUUAUGAAUAAGAGCACUAGCUGAAAGGCUAAAGUGUAAAUAGAUACAGAAUCUGUGAUGGAUGGGACAUACAUGAAUUUUCUUUGUGAUUCAUGUGCAACCUUUCUGUCCAUGUUCACAUGGAUAUAUGGAAACAUUCAGAUGACCAAUUGAAGGGAUUUAAGGAUGCACAGUACAUCAGUUUAAUUAUUAUUUAACGUAAUACAUGCAGUAGGGCUGUGGUAUUUGUGACAGAGCUUGUCGAAAUUUCAUUGUAACAUUUGACUUCUUGUGCACAUGAUACAAGACAACAUGAUUGUUGGAGAAUUACAUCACAGCACUCAAGAAUGUACGGAUCAUUUGUGUUUUUGUGCAUCAACACAGUAUUGUCAUGACUUUUAAUCUCGCAGCACUUUGUUUUUCUUAAACCUGCAGCCUAUUUUUGAUAUUAACACGGUGUCUUUGUAAAGUUUAAUGUCCAUUCAGUGUGCUGACAUCAUAGAGAACCACA